UCGAUCCGCUAGCACGCCAGUUGACGAUAAAUUCGCCGCCGCCGUCACUGUGUUUGUCGUCGCGUACCAUCUGCCGCACAAAGUGUUUCACCCGCCCCUCCCCCGCCGCAUCCUCUAGGCCGUGCGUACGCUUGCGCCGCCGUGUCUGUGUCCAUUGAGAGAGAGAGCGGCCACCGUUGCCGGCAUCGAUCGAUACUUGGGGGCCUUAUGACGUAAGUGAGCAACACGGUCGUCGUGGGUGUGUGGGUACGUGUAUGUGUGUGAAUGACAGGGAAAACGUAUCAGAAACGAAAAAGAAAAUUAUUCGUCGCUAUAACCGUCGUAGUGCUCGCGAGUGUAGUGAGUGCCGUUUAAAGUUCUGCCGGUAAAGACAUGUCGUCGGCGGACGGUCGUCGGUGCGAGGCAUUGGUAAUGGUUUGAGAAACAGUUCGGUGUGACUUUCCCCCAAGCCUUUUAAAGACGACAAAUAAUAAUUGAAUAAGGUGACGUCAUCACGUCGAAGGUGCGCUGUUCCUCGCUGCGAAGUGCAGCCACCGACGCGAUUACGGACAACUAUCGCUAUGCGAUCUGCGGCACGACGGCCGCAUGACAGUAUCAUGGCCAAGCGCGACGCGUCCAUGGGCUGACGAUGACCACCGUGCCGGCGCACGGGACGCAGAUAGCACCGUCGUUGUGCCGGGUGUUGGCGCUUAGUGCCGUGUGCUGGUGUUGGGUACUUCAGAGAAUGGCGUCCGACAUGCCGGAUCUGUCACAUCUGACGCCCGAAGAACGGGAGAUCAUCGAGUCGGUGGUGCAUAGGCAGAAACAAGAAGAACAGAAAGAACAGGAAAUCAUGAGACGAAAACAGGAGGAGGUAAUCUUGUUGGAAGAGAAAAUUCGGCAACGCAGCGAACAACAGAAAAAAGCUGGGGUCGAGUUGGACGCAACUUGUCACAUAUGCCUAAAGACUAAGUUUGCCGACGGCGUCGGACACCUGUGCAACUAUUGUGGUAUCAGAUGUUGUGCCAGGUGCGGUGGCAAGGUUACCCUGCGUUCGAGCAAAGUGAUAUGGGUUUGCAUAUUAUGCCGGAAAAAACAAGAACUUCUCAGUAAGUCUGGCGAAUGGAUUAAUCACGGUAUGACUGCGAGCGGUGACCCGUCCAGACGAACAGACGUAUCAUCCCCUUGUUUGAUGUCGGAUAAACGACCCAAGCUGGAGAGGGCACAUAGUGCCAUCGAAAAGGAAAACGUGCCCCUCUUGCAGAGGUCGAAUAGCAUUCUUAGACGUCAGUAUUCCCAACAGGAGCCGUCCAAUAGGAAAGAACAGGAGCACCACGUUUCUAGUGCCCACGACGAAUACUAUCGCCCUUCCCGUGACGACUACUACCAACGUGGUGGACAACUAGAAGGAUCACAUAGGAACGGCGUGAGUCAAUCGUCUAGGGCUCAUCAUUCGCCCCACCAAUUCGGGCCGGCGGAUAAACAGUCAGUAGUCCGCGGGGCCGGUGCUACUGUGCCUCGCAAACACAAAAGACCUGGCAACACGGUACCUGCCGAUCGUCUACACUCGCACCAGCAGCAUAUCAGCUUUUCCAGUUCGGAGGAAGAGCUGAGGUCCACGUCGGAGUGUACCAGCUGUGACGAACACGAAAGUGAAAAAGCGAUUUGCCGCAAGAUGGCCACGAUUAACGGUCCCAGACGCAAGAAAACGGUGAGGUUUGACCAUCGGCACCAUCAACCUGCUCAACAGACGUCUAAAGACUCUGGGUUCGAUACUUGCAGCUCGAUUUUUACGUCCAACGAAGACCCGUUGUACCUCAACGACACAAAGCAACCGAUGUCGUGGCAACGGAGCCCCGACAACAAGUUCUUGAUAGGUCAUAUGGUGCUUAACAAGUCUGUGUGGGAGACCCCGGUCAGUCCGUCUUCCAGCGCGGCCGCCAUGUUGGGCCUGAAAAUCACCGGCGGAAAACUCCUGUCGGCCACCGGAAGGAGAUGUGCGAUUAUCGAUCGCGUCCGGAAAGGCAGUACCGCCGACAUGGAGGGAAAUUUGAAACCGGGAGAUGAAGUUUUAGAAUGGAACGGUUGCUUGUUGCAAGGAAAAACACAAAAAGAAGUGGCAGAUAUCAUUAUGGAGUCGAAGCACUUACCACAAAUUGAGCUCAAAGUUUCUAGGUCGAUACUGCCAAGGAGGGCCAGUUACGGAACCCCCGCUAAAGCUACAGCGAGUUCAAUUGGGUUGUACGACUUACGAAAAGACAAACCGUACGUCAUGGUAACUUCACCGGGCAGCCCCGAACAUUUAGCUACGAAUCCGUCGCGAAUUUUGAGGGCUUCCAAAAGUGUUACCGGGCCCAACAGUUUACAUGUUGGUGGAAAAACACAGGUUAAACUAGGUUUCGACCAACAAUCGUUGAAAUUGGUCGUGUCCAUUAUGGCCGCUUCAAAUCUGUUACCGCGACCUGACGGAUCGCCGAGAUCGGCAUACGCUAAAGUGUGUCUCUUACCGGAUACUAGCGAAAAAUCGAAACGUAGGACUAAAACAAUAAUGAACUCCACCGAUCCCAAAUGGAAUCAAAGCUUCUCGUUCACCACCAUGAGGAGAUCGGAUUUAAAGUUUAAAGUCCUUCAAAUAUCGAUAUGGGAUUACGAUAAUAAUCCUACAAAUCAAUUUCUCGGAGAGGUGCUAAUAGAACUAGGCUUGAAGAAACUCGACAACUUGGCGGAGUGGUAUCUGUUGACGGCCCACCAAGAAAUAACCGGAGAAGGCGGUAUCUCGAUAGGAGAUUAUGAUAUGGAAUACGGUGAACAUCUGUCUCCGCCAUCAACGCUAUCACGGCAAUCCGAUUCGGACGCAUCAGAUGUCGAUGAUUGCUGUAGUAGUAGAAGAGUUGGUGCUGAUGGUGCGUCGAUUAGUAGUCUUGGUAGCUCCAUAAGUCCUCCGCCUGACUAUGAUCACUUAGACCGGAGAAAGAGUCGCAGAGAUAUCUCGUCUCCGCUGCAAAAAUCGUAUAUUUAUGGCUCACCGAUUGAAAAAAAAUAUAGUUACGAAACAAGUGUAAAACAACAGUCUGUUCCAAAUCGACCCACGACCAGCGUGAGUCAUCGAUCGAGAUCUGCUGCUCCGACUGAUUCUCCUAGCCAACACACCAGAUCGCGAUCGAAAAGCCCGACCUCAUCUUAUGACAGGCGAAGCUUAUCACCACCAGAUUAUAGGUAUCCAGGAGGUGUCCCAAGCUAUCGGCAAGGAAAUACGAGAUUCUUUGCUAGAUCAGCGACCACGACGCCUACUUCAACGCCUAAAAAGCGUCAAUUACCUCAAAUACCAGGGACCAUGCCUUCUUCCUUAGACGAUCGAUUAUCAUACUAUUUUGAUGAUCAGACUUCAUCUAUGAGAAGAAGAAUGAGACAAGUACAACCAAGAAGAAUGCAGGGUAGAUCUGGAGGGGGGUUUAGUAGAUUACACCACUACGGUGGUCUCAGUGAUAGCGAUAUUCCCUUACAACAAUUACGGUCGCUAUCGCCCACUCAUAAUACUAGAGGGUCCAUGUCCAGAGGAGAAACUGGAGAUACGUGUGAUAUAGAUGACAGUGAUAGUGUCAUAAGCAGUGCAUUGUCUACACAGUCAGAACAGCCUAGAUCAACGAGAUUUUGCUGCUGCAACGCCACCGAAUACCGCUACCCAUCCAUGUCCCAUUCUCCUAGCUGUAGUUUUAGUCGAAGUAGAAGCAAGCGUGAUAGUAUUUACUUGUAUCGUUAUAACUCAUUUCCUGCCGAUUAUUACUUGCUCCAUCCGAUAGACAAUAGACCCGUUUUAAUGGAAAAUUCGCCUACUGAAAACCCAAAGCCUGUAAAAAAGACCCGGUUCAACUUGGCCAAUGAUCUAGAGAAUCAGUAUCCUAUUUAUGAUUCUGACAGCGGGCUGGAUCUGGUAGGCUUUCAGUCUCCAACAGAAAGGUACCAAAACCGUAGGAAAAGAAACCUGACACUAGAUUUAGGCGAGUCCAUGUUAGUUGUAGCGGGUAGCUAUAGUGGCGCUGCUGUAGCGUUUAGUAAUGCUUUAACCGACCCUUUAAAUGCAAUUGUCCAUGGCAGUGAUUAUGGAGCGUCGUCGCACAGUAGAUCCGGAUCGCAGCAAUCGCCAGUCACGGUUCCUUCUACCGAUAGCAAGAGGACUCAAUUCUCAAGAAGUCUGUCAAACGCCGAUGUGCAGGCUGAAAACGCUCUCGACUCUGGCAGUUCUGGAAAACGAAGAGGUGACACGUCUUCUUUAACCGAAAGUGGCGGAAAAAGCUCAGCUUCUGGGACCAACUCUUCUGCAUCUGGUAUGGGCAAAAAAAGUGCAUCCGCUUCACAACUAUCAGCAACUGGGCGUAAGCGUAGGUUAGGUUUCGGUUCGAAAGGAAAAUCUUCGUUUACGGUACACAGAAGCGAGGAAGUGCUGCCUGGGGCAAGUCGUCCCCUCAUCAAACAGCCGUCCAGCGUUUCUAGUGACGGUGACGCAUCCCAAGACGGAGAAAGCGCCGGCCAGUCUACCGAAGGUGAAGUGACAAAUUUCAUCGGAAAACUUGGUCCUGGGCAAAGAGUGAGCCGACAAAUUUUGGGUACUCCGUACAGGGGUGACGUUAAAAUUGGGUUCAAUUUUUUCGUUAACUUUAUGGAAGUUACCGUUUUUGAAGCAAACAAUCUGAUGAACGUAAAGGAGACUAAAACAAAACUUCCAGAUACAUACGUUAAAGUGUAUUUAGUGAAAGGAAAAAAAUGUGUAGAAAAACACCGCACAAAAACAAUUAAAGAGAGCUUACAACCUAAGUACAUGGAAGUUCUUAAAUUCAAAAGCUCGCCGGCUGGAUGUUUGAUUCAGGUGUCGGUUUGGGGCGAUUACGGCCGCGAAAAAGGUAGAAAAGUGUUCAUGGGAGUAGCAGUCAUUUACAUGGACAACAUAUCAACUAGUCCCGGCACUUCGUUGACGGAAUGGUACAGGCUGUUUGGAUCGUCGUCGCUGUGAGUUUUGUUGCUUCAUUCUAUUGGGUUACUUCUUUGCUGGUUGCAUGCAGACAACAUUUUACUUUUGUUUGUUUGUUUGUUUAUUUAUUUUUUUGUUUGUUUUCUUUUUUAUCUCAAAGGUUAUCACCACAGCUGGAUAUGUCACUGUGUUAAUUAAAUGUGUUUUAAUUGAAUUUGAGUAUUUUUUAACGUUGCUCUAACUUACUUUUUUAAUAACCGAAAUAUUCUAAAAAUAUGAUUUGUAUAAAAAAAAAAGGAAAAAGUAUAAUAAAUACUAAACAUACGAAUAUUAGAUUUUACAAUGUAAAUAAACUAUUUAUUAUGUAUUUAUGUGUUUUGUAAACAUUAUGC